UAGAAAAUGACAUCGGAAAGUAAUAGAAAAGAUCCGGCGUGGCAGUAUGCCCAUUUGGUGGAGGAGAAUAAUUUAAACAAGUUUGAGUGUAAUUUUUGUGGUAAAGUAUCAAAUGGAGGUGUUUAUCGGGUGAAACAACACCUUGCGGGAGGUUAUAGGAAUGUUACUGCUUGCCCGAAGUGUCCUCAUGUAAGAGAAGAGAUUAGAGAGUUCAAGUCCAAAAAAAAGACACAAAAAGAAGAAAUGAACAUGUUGCCUGAUUUUGAUGACAUGGACAUGGAAGAUGAGGAUGAAGAUGAUGAUGUUGUUGAGAUCAAUGUCAAUCAACACCGUAAGUUGACAAGUAGUAGCCAAGGUUCAUCUAAAUCCAAAUCCAAAUCAAAAAUGCCAAAGAGAAAAGGGCCUAUGGAUGUUUACUUCACACCCAAUCCUGAAUCAAUGGUGAAAAAUCGAAGAGACCAAGCAAAAGGGAAACAAAUAAAAAUUGAUGCAAAUGACCCUUACAAAAAAGAAAUGAGAGCUCUUGCACUGCAAAGAUUUGCAAGGUGGAUGUAUGAUGCUGGUAUCCCUUUCAAUGCAGUAAAUUAUGAGAGUUUUGGACCAAUGAUUGAAGCCAUUGGCCAAUAUGGUCCUGGUAUGAAGCCACCGACUUACCAUGAAGUGCAGGUUACCCAACUCAAAAAAGAAGUGAAACAUACUGAAGAUUUGAUGAAGUAUCAUAAAGAGGAUUGUGCAAAAUACGGGUGUUCCAUAAUGGCUGAUGGUUGGACUGAUAAGAGAGGAAGGACAUUGAUUAAUUUUUUAGUUAAUUGUCCAAGAGGAACCAUGUUUGUUGAGUCGGUUGAUGCUUCUAGCUAUUCAAAGGAUGGGCAAAAGCUAUUUGAAUUACUAGACAUGUUUGUGGAGAAAGUUGGAAAAGAGAAUGUGGUGCAAGUUAUCACUGAUAGCGCUGCAGCUAAUUUGUUGGCGGGUAAGAAUAUUUCCUCAUUCCUUACAUCAAAAUUGUUUACUCAUAGUUUGUUUUGUAUUUAAAAUUUAAAAACUUGAAAAUAAUAAUUCUUCAUUAUUGUUACAUUAUAGGGAGGUUUUUGGAAGCUAAGUAUGAACACUUGUAUUGGACACCACGUGCUGCUCAUUGUUUGGACUUGAUGUUAGAAGACAUUUUCAAGAUACCUAGACUGAAAAAGACAUUUGAAAGGGGUAUUGCAGUACAUGGCUACAUUUACAAUCGACCUACGUUGCUAAACAUGAUGAGGUGCUAUACAAAUUUGAAGAAUUUGAUCAAGCCUGCAAAAAUUAGAUUUGCAACCGUUUUUUUGACUUUGUCUAGGAUGCAUCAACAAAAAAACAAUUUGAGAAAGAUGGUCACCUCCGAAGACUGGACCUCAAGCAAAUGGGCAAAUGGGCAAAGGAGCCACAAGGUAAAAGAAUGGCACAAACUUUGUUGAUGCCUUCAUUUUGGAAUACUGUUGUGUUUGCCCUUAAGGUCUCGGGUCCUCUUGUCAAAGUGCUUAGAUUGGUUGAUACUGAGAAGAAACCUCCCAUGGGAUACAUUUAUGAGGCAAUGGAUAGGGCAAAAGAAUGCAUUGCAAGUUCAUUUGAUCAUAAAGAAGAGAAGUAUAAUGAAAUCUUUGAAAUCAUCGACAAAAGAUGGGAUGUCCAAUUACAUCGGCCUUUACAUGCAGCUGCGCACUUUCUUAACCUAGAAUUCUUUUACCCAAAAGCGUUAGGUGCAAAGAGAUCAUGAAGUGAUGAAUGGGUUUUAUGAAUGCAUGUAAAGGUUGGUCCCGGAUGUCACUGUUCAAGAUUUGAUCACUAAUGAGAUGAGUAUUUAUAUGAAGGCUGAGAGUCUUUUUGGCAAGUCUGUUGCGAUUAGGCAAAGAAAUACAAGAGCACCAUCUGAUUGGUGGGCAUCAUAUGGUUCUUAUACUCCAAACUUGCAAACUUUUGCCAUAAAAGUCCUUAGCUUAACAUGUAGUUCAUCGGGUUGUGAACGAAAUUGGAGUGUAUUCGAACAUGUGAGUAUUUAACAUUCUAACUAAUUUUUUGUUGAAUUCAAAUUUUUUUUUUCUCAUUAUAUAUAAUUUAAUAUCUUUUUAAUAAUUGCAGGUUCAUAGCAAGAAAAGAAAUAGAUUGGAACAACAACGUCUCAAUGAUUUAGUGUUUGUCAAAUAUAAUAGAACAUUGAGAUUUAGGUAUGACAUGCGCAACACUCUUGAUCCCAUAUCUUUGCAAAAUAUUGAUGAAAGCAAUGAGUGGUUGCUUGGGAGGGGAUGGAUGGAGAAUCAGAUGAAGAUAAUGAGCUUGUGUUUGAUGAUGAUGAUGGCUUGACGUGGGCCACUGUUGCUAGAGCUUCUGGAGUAGAAGAAAGUAGCCAUGCAAGUAGAGCAACAAGUUCACGCUCAAAGGCACAACCGAGGAUAUCUAAAUCAUCAACAUUGACUCCACUUCAAUUAAUAGAUGAA